GGACUUCUUCCGGUUCUCGUCCUUUAAGCAUCUUUUCAUUUUCUUUGUUUCUCAUCCACAUACUGCAUAAUCUUCUCUUACAUACAUUCGUAAGACAAAAUUCCACAAGUUCCAUAUUUACUACUAAGGUUGAAGAUGAACCCACAUAGAAAGAUGGAUAUGGUCUUGAAAAUUACCUUUACGUGGUGGCUAUGGUGGUUGAGAUUGGCUGUAGCAAACUCACAGAUCAAUCUGUUAAAUAGUGGGUGCAGCCAAUACAACGUGUCCCGCGUGUCAAAUUUCUACAACAAUCUAAACGCAACGUUCUCGGACCUAAGAGCACAGCUGAACAACAACAAAUACUUUGCGACUGCACAGUAAGUGAAGGGUUCGGAACCUGUCUAUGCCAUGGUGCAGUGCAGAAAGUACCUGUCUAAUGCUGACUGUGUUGCUUGCUUCACCACCGCUGGGUCGAAAAUUCGCAACUGCUCUGCUGCCAACGGUGCCCGUGUCAUCUAUGAUGGCUGUUUCCUCAGGUAUGAGAGCAAUAACUUCUAUGAUCAAACCACUUUGCCGGGUAAUCAAGGGCUUUGUGAGAAUCGGACUGCAUCGCAACCUACUACCUUUAUUACAGCCGUGGAAGAAUUGUUACAAGAUCUCCAAGUAGCAACCCCUAAGAUUAAUGGUUUCUUUGCUGCAAGCAAGAAGGAAAUAGUUGGUGAUAGUGGGGAAAAAGUAACAGUGUAUGGUGUAGCACAAUGUAUUGAGACUGCUAGUGAGAGUGGUUGUCAAGAUUGCCUGAAACCAGCAUCCAACAAUAUAAAAGUUUGUCUUCCUGGUGUAUAUGGUAGGGCAAUAGAUGCUGGAUGUUUCAUGAGGUACUCAGAUACGCCUUUCUUUGCUGAUAACCAAACUACGAACAUUGAUCUCUUCUUCGAAAAUGGUUCAAGUAAUAAGAAGAAAGCCAUUAUUGGAGGAGUAGUUGGAGGUGUAGGUGCUCUUUUCAUUAUAACUUUGUUUGCCUUGCUUAAACUAUCAAGAAGGCCCAAGGAAGAUCUUAGAGGUGACAUAUUAGGGGCAACUGAACUGCGGGGCCCAGUGAAUUACAAGUACAAAGAUGUGAAAUCUGCAACAAGAAAUUUCAGUGAAGGAAACAAACUUGGAGAAGGAGGUUUCGGUGAUGUAUACAAGGGUACUCUAAAUAAUGGGAAGAUAGUUGCUGUCAAGAAACUAGCUAUAGGAAAAUCCCCCAAAGUAAAGGCAGAUUUCGAGAGUGAAGUGAAGCUUAUAAGUAAUGUUCAUCACCGGAAUAUGAUCCGUCUUCUUGGGUGUUGCAGCAAAGGACCAGAACGACUUCUCGUCUAUGAAUACAUGGCAAAUAGUAGCCUAGAUAAGUUCUUAUUUGGUGAAAAACAAGGCUCCCUUGACUGGAAACAACGGAAUGAUAUAAUCUUGGGCACAGCUAGGGGACUUGCCUACCUACACGAGGAAUUCCAUGUGUGUAUAAUACAUAGAGAUAUCAAAACCAGCAACAUUCUUCUUGACGAUGAUCUCCAGCCCAAGAUUGCAGACUUUGGGUUAGCAAGGCUUCUACCUGAGGAUCAAAGUCAUCUCAGCAAGAAAUUUGCCGGAACAUUAGGAUACACGGCACCCGAGUAUGCAAUCCAUGGUCAGUUAUCAGAGAAGGCAGAUAUUUACAGCUUUGGUAUUGUUAUUCUUGAAAUUAUUUGUGGCCGAAAAAGCAACGAUGUCAGGAAUGAUCUUGACGGUGAAUACCUCCUUGAACGUGCAUGGAAACUGUACGAGAAUAAUAAGCAUUCGGAGUUGGUGGACGAAACCUUAGACCCAGAAGACUAUAAAAUAGAAGAAGUGAAGAGAACUGUAGAGAUCGCUCUAAUGUGCACACAGUCAUCAGCUUCUCUAAGGCCUUCAAUGUCUGAAGUUGUUGUUUUGCUCAAAAGCAAGGGGUCACUGGAGCAUACCCCAUCUACUAAGCCAGCCUACGUUCAUUCUGAUAAGAAGGUCGGUGAAGAAAAGUCAAUUUCAACUGCCACCCCCAUAUCUAAAGCCACUGUCUCUAUCUCUCAAAUCUCAGGUCGCUAA